AUGGCACCCGCCCUCGGCGACAUGGAGCCCGCGGAGGCCGAAUCAGUCUACUUCAAUGAAUACCCUCCGCCAAAGGCCCUCCCCAAGCACGAAGCCCUCGCACGCGCUUUCAUCGAACUCCACGUGGAAGCCAAUCGGCGCGUGGUGCUGGUAACAUCGGGCGGGACAACGGUACCACUCGAGACGCAGACAGUGCGGUUCAUCGAUAAUUUUUCCGCGGGAACACGAGGCGCGACCUCGGCGGAGUAUUUCCUGCAGCAGGGAUAUGCGGUGAUCUUCCUCCAUCGGCAGUAUAGUCUGCUGCCAUAUUCACGGCACUAUAGCCAUUCCACGAACUGUUUCUUGGAUUUCAUGGACGAGGCGCCGCCUGUUGUUGGGGCCGCGAAUCAGGAUGAUGGGAGCAUUGUUGUAAGGGAUGAGUACCAGGAUCAGAUGCGUGAUGUGUUGAGGAAGUAUCGCUAUGCGAAGAAGAAUAAUCGUUUGCUUCUGUUGCCGUUCACGACUGUUGCGGAGUAUAUGUUUGAGCUGCGGUCGAUGGCCAAGUUGAUGCGCCCACUUGGUCCGAACGCGUUGUUUUAUCUUGCCGCUGCCGUGAGCGACUUUUUCAUUCCCAGGAAUCGCAUGGUGGAGCACAAGAUUCAGUCGUCGGAGUUGCCGCCGGAGUAUGAGAAGGAUAGUGCGGUUGGUGGGGAGGGCGAUGAAAUUUAUACUGGGGAGAACGAGGCUGAGCCGGGGAGUCGGAAGAAGCUCGUUAUCAACCUGGACCCCGUUCCGAAGUUCUUGCAUCGGUUGGUGGAUGGAUGGGCUCCGGAUGGGAGUAUGGUUGUUUCGUUCAAGUUGGAGACCGAUCCGGCGCUGCUUGUGUACAAGGCGCGCACGGCUUUGCAGCGUUACUCGCACCAUCUGGUCAUCGGCAACCUGCUCUCGACUCGCAAGUGGGAAGUCGUCUUCAUCACGCCGGAUGCGCCGCACGAGCGCUGGAUUCGCGUGCCCAAGGCCCGUCGCAGCAAGAGUAUAUCUGGCGUGGAGGAUCAGGUUGGAUUGGCAGAGAUCAAGAAGGGUGGUGCUGCUCCGACGGAGACAAGACAGCAGCCAACUCAGGCGGAGGGUCCUGUUGAUGAUGGUCUUGAGAUCGAAGGCUUGAUCAUUCCGGAGCUGGUGAAGCUGCAUGACAAGAUGAUUGAGAAGAAGAAUAAGGCGACGCCGUGA